AGCAUGUAGUAUCUUGUGGAUUUGUUUGCAUGUCUGUUAUUGAUCUCCCUGACUAGAAUCCACCUACUAGGUAAUCAAUAAAUACAAAAAAUAUUUGUUGAAGAAAUGAGAAAUGCCUCUUGGGCUUAUUUAUAGUUUAGACUGGCUAAAGGCACUGAGAUGGGGAGUGAGGAAGAGGAAGCGAUUGUUCUCCUGGGAAAUGAGCCGGGAGGACCCUUCAGGAUGGGACUUGACUGAGCAUUGCGAGAAGAAAGAGCUUUCCGAUCAGCGGGGACCUGCGCUGAGGCCCAAAGGUCAUGAGGUCGCCGAUGAUAAGAGCUUCUUGGACUGUAGCUGGGUAAUGUUGGAGGCCCAGCACCUCCAAGAGAUAAAGAAAUCUGAUUUGACUUUCCGUUCCAGUCAGCUCCAAGCCUCCCAGGGAUGCAGGGACUGCCCAUUCCCUUCAUCCACUCCCACCCUUUCCGGUCCCCUUGCUCUGCCAUUUUUUGCACUCUGCAAAUCCUUCACCAAACUGAGCAAAGUUAGUCUGAGAGAAAUCAGUCUUCCUCAAGGAAAGUUCAGGCCUGGGGUCCUCAGACAUCCAGGGGCUCCGUGACCAUCUGACUGCUGAGCAGUCUAGGGACACCGCCUCUCCACGUUCGGGACCCUUGUUUCUGAGGCCCAGCUUGGUGGGAAGCUAAAGGCAUGCGGAGGAGGGGAAGGGGAGAGCGUGUCUGAGACUUCGGCAUGGCAGGGACCGGGACCUCAGCCCGGCAUGGCGGUGACGGCGGCCUCAGGAGAUCCACAAUUGUCAGGGCUGGUGGCCACUCCCGGCGUGGGCAACCGCGGAAACCGAGGUGUCCCAGGCUAGGCCAGGGUCGGUUUCCGUUCGUCGGUCCUGCGCGGGCAGAUCGGGCGCUGCGGGGCCGUGCCACCUCGCACCCUCAGGAACAAAGGGCUUGGCUGGGCGCGGGUACCCAUCCGUUGAGUUAGAAUCGCCUUCGGGAAACCCCUAAUCUGUGCAAGCCGGAAGAGGCCAGCGGCAGCUGGAGAAUGUACUGCUCUCGCGAGGUUUUCCGAGAACGCGGCGCCGCGCCCGCGUACACAAUUACCAAGGUAACUGGGCGGUGCCUGAGCGGGCGGGAAGGAGGCGUUCGGCUAGAUUUUGUCCGCUUGCGGGGAGACUUCAGGAGUCGCCUCUUUGAACUUCCGGCCUCUGAGACCGCUGCCCCUGUCCCCGAGGGCCAUGGGCCGGGUCUCAGGGCUCGUACCUUCUCGCUUUCUGACGCUCCUGGCGCAUCUGGUGGUCGUCAUCACCUUAUUCUGGUCCCGGGACAGCAACAUCCAGGCCUGCCUGCCUCUCAGGUUCACCCCCGAGGAGUACGAGAAGGAGGACAUUCAGUGAGCUCUCUCAGAAUGGGCUGGCUGGUGGCCGCCCUCUCUGUCACUCUGGGCCUCUUUGCAGUGGAGCUGGCCGGUUUCCUUCUAGGAGUCUCCAUGUUCAACAGCACCCAGAGCCUCAUCUCCAUUGGGGCUCACUGUAGUGCAUCUGUAGCCCUGUCCUUCUUCAUAUUCGAGCGUUGGGAGUGCACUACGUAUUGGUACAUUUUUGUCUUCUGCAGUGCCCUUCCAGCUGUCACUGAAAUGGCUUUAUUCAUCGCCAUCUUUGGGCUGAAAAAGAAACCUUUCUGAUCACCGUCCUGACGAUCGAAGGCUACAGGGGAGGCCACUUCGUACCUGGAAGAAGGAAGGCAUAGGCUUCAGUCUUCCCCUCGGAAACUGCUUCUGCUGGAGGAUAUGUGUUGGAAUAAUUACCUCCCGAGUAUGGGAUUAUCAGCGUUGUAUUUAGUGUUUUGUAAUAAAAUAUGUUUUGUAGUAAGA